CUCACGUUUCUUAUCGUACCAUGGGCAAUCGAAUCCGAACUUGACAAGAACUAUGAAGUGAAAUAUAUGUAUAUGAACUUCACAAGUAUAAAGAAUAUCUGUACAAGAUGUGUGCCUCAUGUCAGCUGCCAUAAAAGGAGGAUGGUAUAUCUAAUAAAAUUCCUGUCAAGGAAACAUUUUAUGAAAAUAUGUAAGGCAUUGUUGUUGUCCACACUAGUUGUGUCGCUGAUUGUUAAUAUCUCCUUUGUGAUAGACACUGAUGGAGUGUUCGGUUCCCUUCAGCUACCCAGAGGUUCGGAAUCGAAGGACAAGAACGUACAGCAGUCACUUCACAGUUACCAUGGCAACCCAACGCCCGCACUUGUCAGGACGGUCAAGGUUGAGGUUGUAUCUAGCAAACAACUUGUGGCAGUCAAAGUGGAUGAUACCAGUAUCCACACAAGUGACGGCUUGGAUAUUGACAGAGGGAUCCACAUUGUGGUAUUGAAUCAGGUCAAUAUGAACGUGAUGGCCGUCCGCGUGUUUGACACCUAUCAGAAGCAGGAAGAUGAAAACAUGAUCAACUUCUUGGCGGACGUAACACCCGACAGGAUCCUUAUCUUUGCCAUCAAAGAUGAGGGUACCUUCAAUCUGCAGGAGAAAUCACGGAGCUUUCUAGCAGACAUGGGCAGUGAGUCUGCACCCAUUCUGCACUGGAGAGACAUGUGGGCCUUCGUCUGUAUUCACAAAGGCAAGCGUCUGGGGGAGGCCUUCAAAGAAAGUGAGGACCUGAGUGUGUGGGCGGAGCCUGCCUACCUGUCAGUUAAUGUUACCCUGACAACUGCUAUUGAUGCAAAAUGCCCCUGGCCAGCUACAGCAGAAAACGAGCGUCGGCGUGUGUUUUGUAACAAGUACGAGGGUUACGGCUCAAUAUGCAGGUGUGACAGACCUGAUCCGAUCCACUUCAAUGUGACACCGUUGGACAAUGGUGGCAUACUGGAUGUGCCAGUUACAGUGAUAGCCAGUAACAGACCAGCCUAUUUAUACAGAAUGCUCAGAAGGCUGUUAGUGACACCUGGAGUUCCAGUCAACAAGAUAUCAGUUUUCAUAGAUGGCUACCAUGACGAGCCACUAGCUGUUACGCGCCUGUUAAAUGUCCGAGGUGUACAGCAUGCACCACUGAGUCAAAACAAUGCCAGGAUCAGCCAGCACUACAAGUUCAGCCUUACAGAGACAUUCAACACAUUCCCGGAUGCCCAACAUAUCAUUAUCCUUGAAGAAGAUCUUGAUGUAUCUCCAGAUUUCUUUUUGUACUUCCAGCAGACAAUGCCCUUGCUGGUCAAGGAUCCCACACUUUACUGUGUGUCUGCCUGGAAUGACCAGGGAUAUGAACACUCCUCUCAGGAUGAGAGGCUGCUGUACCGGAUUGAGACAAUGCCUGGACUCGGUUGGAUGUUGAAACGAUCGCUGUUUAUGGAUGAGCUGUUACCACAGUGGCCCUCAGCUGACAAGCUUUGGGACUGGGACAUGUGGAUGCGAAACAAUGGAAUCCGAAAGUCUCGAGAGUGUAUCAUCCCAGACGUGUCCCGUACCUACCACUUCGGGGCCAAGGGUCUGAACGUCAACCCACACUUCCAGGAGAGUUAUUUCAGCAAGCACAAACUACAGAGUAAACCAGAUGUGAAACUGAAGGAUGUGGAUAAAAUUACCAGUGAAAAUUACGAAGUUUUAGUUCGAGAUUUAAUUAAAAGUGCCAAAGUGCUGGAUCAUUCCAAGAAUCCAUGUGAUGAACACUUCAUUCCUGACUCUAAUGAUGAGACAUUUGUUUUGUAUAUAAAGAUGAAAACCCCUCAGGAUUAUGAAACAUGGAAACAGCUUGCCAGGUGCUACAAGCUGUGGGAUUUGGACGUGAGGGGAUUCCACAAGAGCAUGUGGCGACAGUUCCUACAUGGGAAACAUCUGGUGAUAGUGGGUGUCCCUGCCUCACCGUACUCUGAUCUCAAGCCUGCUGAUGUGAAUCCCAUAUACCUGCAAGAGCCCAAGAAAGAGACUCCAGCAACAGAGAAACCUGGCUGAACUUCAUAGUCUCAUAGAACAUGGGCUCUCUUAUAAUAGUUAUAUAUAUGCAUAUAGACUGCACGCUCAUAUAUGCUUAUAGUUGAUCUAUAUACAUUGGAGAAUGUGAGAUUACCAAUAUAUACAUACAUAAUGCGUGCUGACCCAAGAACACAUGAAAACUGCAGACUGAGCUCUUUAUACGCACAUAGAUAUGCUGCAUGACCUUUAUAUACACACAUAAAAAUGUGGGUUGACCUCUAUAUACACACAUAGAAAUGCCGGUUGACCUCUAUAUACACACAUAGAAAUGUGGAUUGACCUCUAUAUCCAUACAUAGAAAUGCCGGUUGACCUCUAUAUACACACAUAGAAAUGCCAGUUGACCUCUAUAUACACAUAUAGAAAUGUGGAUUGACCUCUAUAUCCAUACAUAGAAAUGCCGGUUGACCUCUAUAUACACACACAUAGAAAUUUGGGUUGACCUCUAUAUACAUACAUAGAAAUCCUGGUUGACCUCUAUGAGGAUAGACAAUGCAGGUUGAUCAUACACUUCAAAGUACAUAUAAUUAAAGAAUAAAGGCUGAUGCACAUAUGCUUAUAUAUGUUUCAGGUUUUAAUAGGAUUUAUUUCAGAAUACCUUAGGCUUUUAUCCCAUGAGAACGCAUACAUAUAAUAGAUAUAAUACACAAUGUAGUCAACAGCGGUCAAUGACAUACAGGCAUAUAAACAUAUAAUUUUAGCAAUAUAAAUUUAAAAUUUACAACAUUGAGAUUAAUACCAAUAUAUAAAUUAAUACACGGGUACUAUGUAGACUCAAUACAUACACAUAUGGAAUAGAAAGUCUGCAGUCCUGCUUAUUGUUGUAGGAUGCGGGUGAAGCAGUGUCAGAUGGUAUGCAUCAUGUUGUUUACUUUUUGCAUUCCCUUGUAUUUACAUGUAUUGCCAAGGAAAUUAUAUAAACUGUCUGUUCAUGCAGUAUGUAAAUAAAGUGAGUGUCUAGUGAGUGACUGAAAUGUGCAAGUCACAUGUGUAGAAUUUAAAAAUGUCUGAACUUGAGCAUAAUUGAUUUCUAUGAAAAGAAGUGAGAGUAAUAAACUGUGAUACUUCUGAAGUUGUUUUUUUUAAGUACUCGCAAAUGGAAAUUUUUAGCCAAAGAUGAAAAUCUAGAAAUAUGUGAUCAAUUGAAACAUAAUUUUGUUUGUUUCCAAAGAUAAAUACUGACCUCUGCCAUUGGCAAGCAUGACUAUGAUGCUGUUUUACCAAAUGAAUUCUUUUUGGUCUGUUACAUAUACAUGAGCCUGGCUCUGUGAAAAGGGGAUUUAAUGCAUGUACGUAAAUAAGUGUUGUCGCACAAUAGCCAGUGCAGUUGGCACAGGCUAAUCAGGCACAACACUUUAGCCCUAAACUAUAUUUUUCGCUAAGAAGAGGCAUAAAAGCGGGAAGUGUGGUCCCUGCUUAGCCUGUGCAGACUGCACUGGCUUAUGUGCGAGGACACUUUACGCACAUGCAUUAAACCACUUUUUUCACAGAGCACGGCCUCAAUAUAUUCUGUGUUAAUGUCUGUUAUUUAGAAGAAAUACAAUUGUUUAAGAAUCAGAUGAUUUUGGUCUCUGAUGGUGAUUUUGAUAUUGAAAGUAAAAACUGACAAAUAUUUUGUUGUGAAAAAAUCUGUGAUUAUUUUUGCUGUUUUAUAAAUCCAGCUAUAGAUUUCUGUAUGUGUGUCUGUUAAAACCUUCUGCUGUUCAUUCGCCUGUCUGUUUAUCAGAAACUGAAAUAAGAGAAAAGUUCAUAUCAUUUAACUGGAUCAUGGCUAUUUCUCAGAAGCACUGAAGAGUAUUAUAAAACAAUACUUGAUAUAUUUACCAAGGGUCAUGUGUUACUUAUAAGAGACCAUUAAAUUUUUAUAAUAAUUAAAAGGUCAGUUUUCUGUUCAUACUAAAAUGGUACAAAACUAAAUAUUUCUUUUUCUCAACAACUACAUAAUAUUGUCAUGAAACAUGGUAUACAGAUCUGACUUAAUGUUUGCCUUUACUGGAAUCCUUUCCUCUAUUCACCCAUCAAUCCGUCUCUGUGAUCUGAGAAAAAUUAAAAGACUUGAAAAGUACAUAGAUUGUGAUCAUGAAACUUGAUAUACAUAGGUAUUAAGAGUGAUGAGAGGAUUAAAUUGACCAUUCAUUCCUGUACAUUUUAUCUAGAAAGUGACUUGAAAUGAAGUACACAAAAUAAUGCAUUUUUUGGGAAGGUUCAUGACAUACAAAAGUGAAACUUCUAUCUAUCAUGAUUAGCAAUGUGACGGUAAUACACAUAUUCUUCCUUCAAAAGUAGUCGAUCAUCUGGUAAAAAAUCUUAAUAAUGCUGUGCUAAAUACAGAUUUUCAUUAUGAAAUCUUACAUGUGAACAGAUAAUUUGCAAUAUGAACGUUAUGCAAAUAUAUAUUGUAAUUGAUUAGGGUCAUUUUUUUGCCUUCUACACGAGCUGUUAUUCUACCCAGUUUGGCUUUUGAAGUAAAUUGAUAUUAAAUAAUAUGUAAAUAGUAUAGUUAUAAUGAAAAAUGUUGCUUCUGUUUGUAUGUUCGUUGAUUUAGUGUUAUUGGUAUCUUACCACCUAUGCUGUAAAUAGUUAAUUCUAUUUAUGUUAAAUAAUACUAUUUCACUGGAUGAUAGUGUAUUAGCUUAGUGUGUCAUUUGUAUAUUGUCAAACUAUAUUUAUAUUUAUAGUAAAUGGAUGACAAUGGGAACAUGUAUGUAUUCAAUUAAAUCAAAGUGCUUCCACCUACAA